UGGUGAUGAUGAUGAUGGUAGUGCACUCAAGCUAUCGCUUCAUUUGAAGAAACAACAAAAACAACAACAACAAAAAACCAAAAUUGUUGCAUUGUUCCUGAAUUAGAAAAAUUCCAUCCCUUUACUUGUAAUGAUGGGAGACCAUUUUGUGUUGCUUGUGGACCGGCUAUUGACCGAAUCCACCCUUGAAGCUGCUAUUGAGAGUAAAAAACAAUUACAACUAGGCAUGCCCUCAGCAAGCAAACAUGAUAUAAUUGAAUUUUCAUCUAUGGAUGACAAUGUUGGUUCCUCUCCAAGUAAAUUAGUAGAAUGUAGGAUUUGUCAUGAUGAUGAUGAAGAUUUGAACAUGGAGAUACCCUGUUCUUGUCGUGGCAGCUUGAAGUAUGCUCACCGUAAAUGUGUGCAGAGGUGGUGCAAUGAAAAGGGUGACAUAGUCUGUGAGAUUUGCCACCAGCAAUUUAAGCCCGGUUAUACGGCACCGCCUCCUUUAUUUCAUUAUGGAAGUGUUCCUAUGAACUUCAGAGGGAAUUGGGAAAUUUCAAGGAGAGACUUGCCGACUCCGCAUUUUAUAACAGUAGUCACCGAUGAUCGUGAUUUUCUGGAAACUGAGAUCGAUGAUUACUCAGCUCCUAGAUCACGAAGCCUGAUAUGUUGUCGCGUCAUUGCUAUAACUUUUAUGGUUCUUCUGGUUCUACGCCACACUCUUCCGGUCGUAAUCAGUGGCGCUGGAGACUAUUCAUUGACAUUGUUCACGUUACUAAUGUUGAGAGCCAUUGGGAUUAUGUUGCCUAUAUAUAUCAUGGUUAAAGCUUUUACUGCUAUCCAACGCCGCCAACACCAUCAGGAUCCUCAGUUUUCCCUUGAUGCAUCGGAUGAAGAAAGUGAUUUACCGCAAUUGCACCAGCCGCAUUCACGUUUGAUUCGAGUACAUUAGUUUAGUCGUAAUGCUGGAUCGUAUGGAAGAACUGAUGAUUUGAUUGCAGCUAUAGAGAAAGCAGAAAACAAGCAGGAUGGAUAUAUAUAUAGUUGAUGCUACUAUGUAUAUUUACCAAAGUAUUAAAUAGCAAAUAUAAAUAUAGCAUAUAGAACUGAAAAGAAAAAUGAGCUGAUGAUCAUCUAUUACUUCUCUGUAUGAAUGUUUAAACAAAAGAACUGUUCUAUUAGCGCAAAUCAACAACGCAGACAACCA